GGUGUCGUCGAUCAUUGGUGUGGCCGCCCGGGAAAAAUGGAUGAAAAGCAAGACCAAGAAAAGCAAACUGUCGUGCAAUCAGGCAUCCGCCAACGCGAGGAAAAGCAUUUCGCUGUAUUUAUUUGUAAAAAAGAAUUGAAGUUAUUAAAGACAAGUUGUGAGCCAGAACAGUCAGUAGAACUACAGAAUGUAUUUUCCCAGAGACUUGAGAAGGGUAUAAUGUAUCCUGAUGUUGGCACAGUUAUAACUGUUGAUUUAAGUGCAGGUGGUGAGGAAAAUGAGGAGAAGUAUGGCUGCUAUUACUACAGUGUACAUGUGGGUGAGAAUGCCAGUGACCAGAGUGAAGUAACAAAAUACCUACUCUGUUUUCUCUCAAGCCAGGAACAAACUCUAGAUCUAUUUAGAACAGAUUUGGAUGAGUACUGCUCAGACAUUGUCAAACCUCUAAAAACUCAGGAUGUGUCUGAUUAUGGGGAGCUCCCUACUACAUUAGUUGAGUCUCUACAGAACUGGCAUACUGUUGCCAUUGACUACUUGAUCCGAUGUAAACAGGCACUGGGAGACAGUCUUAAGUUUCUCAUCUAUUCUGCUCUCCAUGACAACAAACUGGUGCUUACAGGAGGGACAGCCGAUCUUCAGGCAGAUAUACAAAGAUUUUAUAAUGCAUGCAGUCUAUCGGAUAUAUUGAUUCAGUUAAGAGACACUAGAUUGAGGCGAGAGACAGGAUCCUUAUCUGGCAGUGUUGAUUUGUUAGUGGAUGUUGACAGCAGACAGACAGACGCACAGAAUACAUUAACUGUCAGUAUAUCAGCAGAUUCUGUGAGGCUAGAUUCUAAUGGUUGUAACAGAUUCUGUGAAGAAUGGGCUAAUGCAAUAAACAGACCUGAGUUUCAGGACCAACCAGCUAGACAAAAGCAAGUCAUUGAAGCAUUCAAACUGAAGUUCAUCCAGACCAUGAAUACCUUGAAGAGAUUAUUGAGAGAGGCUGAGAAUGACUACUAUGCAUUAUACAGAUUGUAUGUCUUUCUGCGUGACUCUGGCAAUUGUGAAAUUUUGCUGCAUUAUGUGAGAACAGAGGGAGCCACAGAUGUUGCCAAUGUGUUGGAAGUCUUGCAGGACUUCAUACAAGAACAGGGGUCAGUCUAGGGUAGAUGUCAACAGAUAGCCAGGCUUGUACAUGUUACAACAUUCCAUCUAGUUACUUCAGCGAUUCAGUGCGUCUUAUCGGUGCAAACGUUUGACGCAACUUCUGUACUAAAUUACAUGUGUACUUAUUUGAAAUGUUUGGAAAUAUUUAACAUGAUACAUAAUUUUCAUAUAUACCAUAUGGAAUGUACUUUAACUAGCAAAGGAAUACUUACUUUUCAUAAACCAUGACAAGGAUUUUACUACUGAUAUUACCAGUGAAAGUUUGAAGAAUUAAUGAUUUGUCUAGUCUAAUAUUUAAUGUGCCUUUCUGUGAUAUACCUCUUGUAUACUUGGCAUUGGAAAAUUUCUGUCACCUGCUUGUCAUGAUAAUGUUUGUCAGUAGGAUUAUUUACGAGUAUGUGGUAAAAUGAAAUUAUAAAAUACGAGUAGCUUCCCUGUGGCAAUAAAGUCAGGUUACUAUUGUUUGAUCACAAAUGUUACCUAUCCAUACAAUUCUGGACAUGCAGUUUACUAGAUAUAAGUAAUAAAAAUAGAAUUAAAUGAGAACCUACAUCCAAAAUAUACCAAAACUAUAAAUGACAUUUUUAAUUGACCUAAUUUGAGAGAAAUGUGUGACAAGCAGAUACAGUUAUUUCCCAGUCAUAUUUCUAGAUGAUAAGGUUGUGCAUGUCUUACUAAUUAUGUUAAUAUGUUAGUGUUAUAUUUAUUAUUACAGUAGUGAAACACGGCUCGUUCCGGCAUCUAAACAAAGCAUGGAUACCUUAGCUUUCCGCUCGUACCCAGCAAUUUUGAACGAUCAGUGUUUCAUACCAUUAUUUGUAUAUAUUUUACUUUUCAAUUUAGUGUUAUGCAUGUGACAGUUAUUAUUAAGGUUGAUGAGUCAUAUUUGACGAGUUAUAUUGUAUAUUGCAUAUAACUCCUUAUUAUCUUUAUUUGGUUUAGAAAAUUUAAGAGUGUUAGAAAUUAGGACUCAGUUUUUGACAUGCAAUUUUGACACUUUAUUUAUUGAAGAGUAUGUUGUAUGAUUAAAGGUUGUCCGGUGAAUCAAGUCAGGAAAUGAUGAUAUUUGAAAUAGAGGCUUAUUAAGGUCCUCUUUCAGAUAUGACUCACACCCUUCAGUUUAAGCUUAAGAAUGUGAUUCUACAGGAGGUGUUCAACUUAUAGCAGAGAUGCAUAAAAUUUGAAUUUCUGAGAAGCAUGCACAAGAAUUUCAAAUUUGUUUAAGACUUUUUUCCAUCAUCACAGUAUUUUAUAGAUACAUAUUCUUUGUUUGAAAAAUAUAAAAUGAUACGUGAUUAAUUAGAGGGUGUAGUGCUUAUGCCUUUGAAGACUUACAAUUCAUGAGGGAGUAUUGGAAAAGUGAUGAAAGACCUUGGAUAAAAUGUUGCUUUGGAAUGUUCAUCAUUGUGAUGGCUUUUUGUGCAACAGAAAAUCAUAUUGUUGAAACACAGGAAAUUUCCAAAAAACUACAGAUUACAGAUUUAUCUCAUGAACUCAGAGGUCAGUUCAAUGCCUUAAAGACACAUGUGAGUGAAGUUUGGAUUUUCUCUUGGAGCUGUUUACUACAUCAUUUCUUAAAUUUUGGGUGCAGAGUUACCAAAAAAAAAAAAGAAAGAUCCACCCAGUGUAACAGUGUAGAAAACUACACAUUAAGGGUAUUUUCCUGGAGGCUGUUAAGAAAUUGUGGAAUCUGUACUGAAACAACUUUGUUGUGUUUGAUGAGAACGUAUAGUGAAGACCACUGUUCUACAUAAGAAAAAGUGACAAUGACCAUGAGAAACUGAAGAUCAUUAAGCAUGUCUUUAACUGCAGGACUUUUGGCAGAGGCUGGUGUCUUGAACAGGCAAGACUGGGAUUGGAGCAUAUAUAAACACUAAUUAAAGUGAAUUCCAGACUUUAAACCUUGGAGCUAUCAGUAUAUUUAAGCACUAAAGUGAAUUCCAGAUUUUAAACCUUUUGUGAACAAAGAUGUACUUAAACUUUUUCCAGAAGAUCUGACUUAAACAUAUUGUUGCGGCAACACAGUGUAUCUAGCUGUACAUUUGAACAAACAUUGAAAGUCUUAAAACUAGGGAAGUCAGUGUUAUAACUUCUGAGGAAUGGAUACCAAGUAUGAACUACGGUGUAAGGAGAGCUCUGAAGAUACAGCUGCAGAAGCACACUACAAAGCCCCUCAGAGGAGUUCAGAUUGUUUAAAUAUAAGUUGAACACCUCAUGUAAAUACUUCGAGUUUUGAUAAUUUUGAAGAAUAUGCACUGACUCUUUCACAGUCAGUAGUACAGUAUAAGAUUAUGAGAUAUUGGCGAAAUUUAUGAUUGUGCAAUAUUUACAUGAUUGUGCAAUAUUUGCCAGCAUGUUACUAAUUGCUAAGAAUACCUAUGAUUUUGACAAAGACCAAACAUAUUAUGCCAGGUGUUAUUUAUAUGCAGUUGUUCUCUGAUGAUGAUAUUUACUUAUCCUUAAAAAAUAUACAGAGCAUUUGGAGCAUUUAGAUACAAUGCAAGGAAUAAGGACAAAAUUUCCAUAUGUUCAAUUUGAUCCUUUCAUUCUUUUAAACAUAUCUUUAUUUUCAGAUAAUUCGGUAUAAAACAUAUAAUGAUCACCUGAAAAAUUUUGACAUGAGGAAUUUUAUCAUGCAUUUAUGAUUUAGCAGUGAUUUUGUAUGUACAUAAGAAUUAAAACUUUCUAUGUCAGAACAGAAGAUUGAUUUAAGAUAGAUGUUGCUGUAGGUUUUUCAAUUUUGUUGAUCACUUGCUUCAGUAAGACCUCCUUUAGAGAUCAAGUACUUAGAAUUUAUAAGGCUAUUUCUACUUUUAAGCUACUUCUUGCAAAUUUGUUAGUCGUUCUGAUCAAGUUCCUCCAGUCUGUUUGGUUUGUUAACAACUGUCAUACAGUACUGAUGUACUGCCAUCUUAACAACUUUGAAGAUGUAAAUUUUAUCAUAUACAUAUACAUUGUUGUAUAAAUCUAAAAAUAUAUAGAAAGUACUAUUCCACUAUCUGUAGACAAAUUUUUGAACUGCAAAACUUUGUAAAAGCAGACGAAAACAUAAUAAAAGUGAAUUUUCGUGUUGAAUAUGAUCACUUGGUUACAUA